UUUCCUUCCCCAGCACUCGACACAAAAACUGCUUUCCAUCGGCGAACGGACAUUUUCCGAUCUCCAUUCCCUCCGCCGCGCGCACGCCCACCGAUUUCGAGACAACAACGCUACAGGCGGUAAAAUGAGCGUAGAAUUCAUCGACGGUCCGACGGUCACCGCAUUCGUGAACGACGCCACAGCGUUUCAGAAAUGGGUGAACGAGAAGUUCAAAUCGCUGGAUGCGAACGGCGACGGUGUUCUGUCCAGAGACGUACUGCAGAAGCGCGCCGGGAAGCUCGCCUCGUCGGAAUUCGAGUUGCAAUCGAAGGAAGAAAUCACCGCUUUGUACGACGUGCUGUUCGAGAAGUUCGACGCAGAUCGGAACGGCAAGAUCGAUCCGGAGGAAUUUGCGGAGCUCACGAAGGAGGUCAUGCUCGCGAAGGCGCGCGGAAUCGGAAAUUCGCCGGUAUGCAUUAUUCUCCAGGGAGACAGCUUGCUUAUGAGGGCGGUUCAGCGCGCAAAUGCGUGAUGCUCCUACUUUGCGUGCGUACGGUUUGUUUUAGCUGCUUUUAGCUUUAAUUUCUUCUUCUGCACGUCGUCUAGGGAGAUUGAUUGAAAAUGCAUUGGCGAUUUCUGUCUGGAAUUGAAUUUCUGGCUUUUAAUCUUCUAUUUCUUCUUUUGCA